GGGGAUCGCCAGCAGGCGUGCACCAGUCGUGUUUAUAAUCUACGCCAGUCGCCUUGGGACGUUGUACCGAAAACAUUAUUAUAUCGCUCUCUCUAGUUUAUUAUUUACUUUGUUCCGUUUUGAUACGCAAAACAUUAAAGAGAUUGUUUAAGAAGUGAAAUAAAAAAGUGAACAAUUACAAAAUGCAAAGAGAAGGAUUCAAUUGUUCAUGGAAUCUGGAAACUGGGACUUUUAUUUUUGCUGUAACUAAUGCUAUUGUAUCAAGCCUUGGAUUCAUUGCGAGCGCGGCGUUUACGAUAUAUGCAAUAUAUAUACAAAUAUAUGACCUAAAUCAUCCCGAUGAUGAGCAUAAUUAUCAUUAUGGUGCCUUUACAUCAGGAUCUAUGGUGAUGACGACCACUGGUAUAGGAAUAUCAGUCGCAUUCGCCGUUAUACUUUGCAUAGGAAUUUGCCAGAGAAAAGCUGAGUACGUGAAGUGGUACUUCGUAUAUGGCGUCGCAGUGAUCGCAAUCGCCCUAGGAACUGUACUUGCUCUGGUCAUGUUUAUAAUUGACUUCUACGGAGACGAAGUCAUGAUAUAUUCUUGCAUCGCCCUGAGCAUAUCGUCUUUACUCUUCGCCCUGAUCUUGUUAAUGAUUCGCGCGACGUACAAGAAGUUUGAACGUGAAAUAGAGUCGACAAAUCACUACGGUCAACUGCUGACGGACAAAUAAUUACCAUUUAGAAUUGUACCUUAGAUAUAUUUUUUUAUAAUCUAACAAGAAACAUUUCCAAUUAUUUUACAAAAGUACUUAAUAAGAAAGAAAACAAAUAUUUAUAAAUAGUUUUAUUAACUCAGAGUAUACUAUAAUAAA